UGAACAUCAGAUAAAAAAACUACACAGAGAGAGAGAGAGAGAGAGAGAGAUGGCAGAGGAAAACAAAGUGACCCUUUAUGGAAUGUGGAUAAGCCCUUAUGUUAAGAGGGUGGAAUUCGCUCUCAGACUCAAAGGCAUACCCUAUGAAUAUGUGGAGGAAGAUUUGAGGAACAAAAGCCCAUCGCUCCUCAAAUUGAAUCCUGUUCGUCAGGAAGUUCCAGUUCUUGUCCACAAUGGAAAAGCAAUUGUUGAGUCUCUUUUCAUCCUUGAAUACAUUGAUGAAACCUGGAAAACUGGCCCUCAACUUCUACCAGAAGAUCCCUAUAAACGUUCCCAAGUUCGCUUCUGGGCAAGCUAUCUGCAACAGGUGUUUGAGAGCAUGGUCUCAGUGCUCAAAAGCAGUGGAGAAGCACAAGAGAAAGCCAUUAAAGAAGUGACUGAGAAACUUAACUUACUUGAAGAGGGAUUGAAGGGUUUCUUCCCAAAUGGCUUCCCUAAUUCAUUUGACAAAGAAAAUGUGGGACUACUAGAGGUGGUCAUUUUUUCACAUUUUGGUUCAUAUGAAGCUCAGGAAGAAGCCCUUGGAGUAAAAUUUAUAACCCCUGAGAAGACUCCACUAAUUUAUUCCUCCGUAACAGCUCUGACUGAGAUCCCUGCGGUGAAAGCGGAGCGCAAUUCUCAUGAGAAGGUGGUGGCUUUCCUCAAGUUCGUUAGACGAAAUGCCCUCAGAUCUUCUGCUGAGUGAC